UGCUUUCAGAGUGGGCUUUUCCUUCUUCCCAAGCUCUACAAAAUGGGUCUCAGCUCUUCCAAGACACACCCCAGGGUGACCCAGGUGGCACCGAUGCUCAGCAGUGAGGAGGUGCUGGGGGACCCCAGCCUGCACCCAACAGCCACAACGGAGCAUGGACAUCCCAUAACCCAUGGGCAGCUCCCACCCCUCCGCCAGACCGGGUAUGGGAGAGCCUCUACAGGGCCCUUUGACUUCAGCACGGUGCUGGUUGGAGAGAAUGAAGCCAGCAGCAUCAUCAAGCUGCACCCGCCUCGGCAACCGCAGAGGCUUGAACCUGCUGGCACUCCAAGGGGGAUCACUGCUGCAAAGCCCUGGAGGCAGCAAGGGAUGGAUGGAGGCCCAAAAGCCAAGACUCUGGAGAAGAGGGGGCAGAGCCUGAGAGCCCUCCCUGGCAGACGGCAGCACUUGCACAAGAUGCAGAUGCUGGACUUGACGCGCCGGCGCCGAGAGGCGGAGCUGAAGCGGGAUCUCCACAGGGAGGCAAAAAUCAAUGAACAAAAAAUGGAGGAAUUGGGUUCAGAGAUGGUCCUUGACACAUUUCAGAGAGGCGACAGCACCAGGAGCCAAGACCUCAUCCCUGCUGAGCACAGUCUGCAUUUUGAUAGUAACACUGGAAACAGAGGGGAUGGAGGAUUUGCAGGGCACCAUGCCAGAGCUGGGCUUCCCUUGGGCAGCAGCAGCAGCAGCAGCAGCAAGGUUGGGCUGUGGUUCUGCAAGGAGCCACGCAGCAGGGAUCUGCUCUGGGACACUUCCAGCACUGACUCUGAGGAGUGGGAGAGGGAAGAGAAGAAGCUUUACCGCAGACCUCCGCUGGUGAGAACCAGGACAGAGAGAGUUUCACUCUUCGAUAACUUCUUUGAUAAAGAGUUCUAGCAGCUAUGCUUGGGAUGUGCUGAAGGAACAAGCUGUGAUCUCUGCUCCGGAUAGACCGUGACAUAGACAUGAUGUUUGUGAUGUGCAGCAUUUCUGAACACAGAGACCAGCAGAGAGGAGCACUGGAAAUGAGAUGGUUGAUGUGUGGACAGAAAUGACAUGUCUGGGUGACUUUCCUUCACCUCCAGCUUUAAUGGAUAAUCUGCUAUAAAACACCUACGUUUUGCUCACUUGGCAUUGAGAAGAGAGGUGGGUUUACUCUUCCUCCCAUCUCCCUCAUGGCCAUUCAUUUCCCUCUGCUGGAAAUCUUAUCCCCUUAGUUUUCGUGGCCUCAAGUCGCACCGGGGUAAGUUUAGGUUGGAUAU